AUGUCGCCGACAACCAAGAGACCGGAAAUGGCGCCCACACAAUUCAUUGGUGCCGUUGAGGACCGCUGGGGCAUGUACAGUGACCGUUCUGAGGACUACACCACUGACUCUCCAAUAGGAUUUGGGGCAUCAUCUAUUGUCUACUCGGCAUCUUACAAGCCUCAAGACUCUUCGCAAAGUUCUGGAUCUCGAUUCACUUCCUCCUCAUUCGCUAUCGCCUUGCAGCGGGAAACGACGCUGAUGUCCCUGUCCAAGCAUCCAAACGUUCUUCGUGUCCAUGGUUCAUGGAUGGAUGGCCACAAGCUCUUUAUCGCAUUGCGGCUCAUGAACAAAGGUAGUGCCGCCAACAUCAUGCACUACGGUUGGCCUGCACGCUUGGAGGAAGACGUCAUACGCUGCAUCCUUCACCAGGCUCUCCUGGGCCUCAACUAUCUUCACGUCAAUAGCUUAUUCAUCGCGACAUCAAGGCACACACUCAAGACCAGAGAUGGGAAAAUGGAAAUCUUUCGUUGGUACACCAUGUUGGAUGGCGCCCGAGCUGAUUCAGGGGAAAAAACUAUGACUCCUCUGCAGAUAUAUGACGAUUUGGGCCAGCCACCUAGAUCUCGCGAGUCACCUCAAAAGGAGCAUAGAAUCCAAGAAGCAUCUCCUACAUUAAAUAGAGAUGGCGGAACGUACAAAUACUCGCGUGCUUUUCAAGAAAUGGUGGAAAGCUUUAUGGUCAAAGACCCGUCGUACCGGCCAAACGCAGAACAACCCCUUCAGACGCAGUUUUUCAAGGGAGCGAAGAAGCCUUCUUACCUUAUCGCCACUAUUCUCAAGAAUCUUCCACCUCUGGCCUAUCGGCAAGAACGUCGAGUUGUUGCAAGUAACCAAACAUUUCGUUCGAUUGGUUCUUGGGAUUUUGCCACUACCAUCCAUUCUCCUGCAAGCGUUCAGCAUCGUCGUCGUCUACUUGAUGAGCAAGGAGACGAUGUGAUAUUCGAAAUGGAGACUGAGUGGGACCGAGAAAACGGGAGAAGAAGCGAAAACACGGAUCACCCUAGUGCGGUAUCCUGGAACGAACCAGAACGGCCGGUGUCCGUAGAAGAAGAACCGGAACUCGAAACCGACUUGGUGCCCUCUUCCGUAUCUUCUUCACCAUCCGGAUCGGAAUUCGAAAGUACCAGCACCAGUACGUCUCCCGAGAUUGAUCUUUUCACGUGGCCGUUGUCUAUUCAUGGGGACGCGGAACCGAAGACUAUUCAGCCAGUCAAAGAAAUACCGACACCAAGUGGUCUCAUCGCUCGCAUGCCGUCGUCGUCGUCCGUCAAGGCCAAACCGGACAUAUCUGCUUCUCCGUUCCGAACCGGGCUUUGGAAGAAGAUGAAGUCAAAUAUAAGACGACCAUCUUCGUAUUACAAUGGCACAAAAACAUUUAAAGCCAAAUCUUAG